CAGUACACGUGUACAGAGUGUUAGUUACGAAUUUGAGAACGUUGCGCAGUAGCUACCUCGUCUAAUCGGAAAUGGAAUGGCCUUGGAUGCACGUGAACGUGAGUGGGAGUAUGUAGCGAGCUUUCCGGACCAUCUGAAGUGUGCUUUGUGUCGCAAACCUCUCCAAGAGCCCGUUCAGUCUUCUUGCGGGGAGAGAUGGCAUACUGGCUGUCUGAAGCAAGCGGUCAAGUUAUCAGACGAUCCCACUUGCCCUGUAUGUGGUGAAAAGCUGGAUCCCAAACUCUGUUGGAGGGACGUAUUCGCAGACAAGGAACUGGCAGAACUAAAAAUAUUUUGCAUUCACAAGGCAAACGGAUGUACUUGGCGUGGAUGCCAAAAACAUAUCCAGGCUCAUUUAGAAAGUUGUGAAUUCGCUGAAGUCAUUUGUGCCAAUAAGAAAUGCCAGGAGAAGGUACUAAGACAUCAACUGGAUAGGCACACAUCCAAGUGUGUUUAUCGACCAGUAAAUUGUUCCUACUGUAACUCGCAAGUAGCUCUUAUUGAUCAAGAGGCACACAAUACUGAAUGCAUGAGAAUGCCAGUGGAGUGUCCUAAUGAUUGUGAAAAGGGUUUCACUAUUGAAAGAGAAAACCUUCCCACUCACCUGGAGGAGUGUCCAAACAGAAAGACUGAUUGUCCUAUUGCUGGUUGCCAAACAAAGAUUCACCAUUCAGAGGUGGACAAACAUUUGGCCUGUUCGGUGACAUCCCAUAUUGCUUUGGUCAAUGAUAACAUCAUCACAACGGAACGAUCUCUAGCUACUAUUCAGAGCUCCAUUGAUAAAAACGAAGAGCGACUGAAAUCAUGUCAGAGAGAAGUACACUUAUUAGGGCAACAGAUGGAAACAUUGGAUCAUCACUUGGCAGAUGCUGUAGCCCAACAGAAAAUCAUGCAACAAAAGACAUUGGAGGCUUGCUAUCAGACAGUCGACAAUUUGCAAAAGGAGAUUCAUUCUUCAAACAGCAGAAUGGAGCAGUUUAUGAGGAUGAUGACAGAGAAGAUGAUCAAACUGGAAGAGACUGUAACACUGCAGUCUAUGCGAAUCCAUCAGCUAGAAGAGAGACAGAUAGAAAAUCGACCAGCAAAUGACAACACUCGAGACAUGAUUGCUGCUCAAGAUCGUGUGCUUGCCACUCACGAUGUGAAAUUAGCCGAGCACGGUCUGCGACUAGACAUGAUGGAUUGCAAGAACACAGAAGGCGUCUUGUUAUGGAAGAUAACUGAAAUCAGGAGACGAAGAAGAGAAGCAGUGAGUAGCAAGACACCGUCUAUCUAUUCACAACCGUUUUAUUCUUCUUCAUGUGGGUAUAAGAUGUGUGCCAGAAUGUACUUGAAUGGAGAUGGCAUGGGUCGAGGCUCUCAUCUGUCUCUCUUCUUUGUUAUAAUGAGAGGAGAAUAUGAUUCUCUCCUUCCGUGGCCGUUUAGUCACAAGGUUACUCUGGUGCUCAUUGAUCAAGUUCAUCAAAGACACAUCUCGGACACAUUCAGGCCCGACCCAAAGUCUUCAUCGUUCGCAAGGCCACAGAAUGAGAUGAACGUGGCGAGUGGAUGUCCACUGUUUGUGUCUCUAGCUACAGUUGAUGGAGGCUCGUACAUACAUGAUGAUACUAUGUACAUCAAGAUCAUUAUUGAUCCUACCAAUCUUUAUAAACCCGACAGUCGGUGAUCACUAGACUGAGAAAUGAUUCAGUAAUAUACUAAUGAUUCUGCUCACUAUCAAAGGGAUAAACCACUGCUUAUCUUGGUUGCUUGCUACUUGCUACUUGAACGUGAAUACUUGUAAUUAUGGAUUUGGGUUGUUUUUGUGUGUUUGCUGUCUGUUCAUUGUUAGGGGAAAAACCGAGAGGAGAGGAGAGAGGGUGAAGAGGAGGGGAUAAAGAGAGAGGGAGAGGAGAAGAAGGGAUAAAGAAAGCGAGGGAUUUAAAUAUUAACAUAAAUAAAGUUGACAGUCUCUAGGCAAAGUGUGUUUAUUGUGCAGUAAGCUGUUGACCAAUAACAAAGGAGUGUGCUCCAUUGA